UCUUUCCAUUUUUCUUCGAAUUCCUUUCCCUUAAUCCUCAAGUUAUCAUUAUUGAUUGAUUGAGUUGUAAUCGCUAGGGUUCUUCUGGAGGCAAGUUUGUUAGUUUUUUUUUUUUUUUUAAUUUUACAGAUUUUUCAAUGAAUAGCUGUGCCUUUUUCGAGUUUAGAAUCGUAGAGGAGCAGAGCAUGGGGAUUCUUGAAUUUUAAGGCAUAUGUUGUAAUCUAUGAUUUUGUUUAGAGAAAAUUACCAUGUGUUGGACUCAUUAAUUUACUAAAAGAUUAUAGAUUUUGUAUAUGCAUAGCAAAAAUGAAUUAGCUCUGAACUCUAGACAACAUGUCAAAAUGUUUGGUAAUCAAUAGAUAAGUAGAUACUACACAUAUAAAUUAAUACGCGUCAAAUGGUGGGAAGGUUUAUUUUCUUUUAGAGACACUUGACAUCCUAGCCUUGAGUCCAAAUAUUUCACUUUUAAAUUUUUUUUUUUUUGGGUUGCCGCUCACUUGGAGACUUUAGGAAACCUCAAUAGCAAGUCGAGCUAUCAUCAUGGUAACGUUACCGUUCCGCUUCGAUGUCAGUACUUCAUAGAAGUUGAUGAGGCUCAGCCAUGCCAAUUGAAACUUAUCGAUCAAUUUAAUCAGCAACGGACAAGAUAUAAACCUAUCAGUAGUAUGGGUCCUAAUAACAGUGAUAGAUUGUUGUUUCUUGAUAUUUUUGAAGUGAACUAGAAUACGUAGUGGUGAACAAUUAAUAGCUGGUUUGCCCCGAGUGUUACGGGGAAGAGUUAAGAUCUUUAGCACACAGGUUUCCUCAAAGUAAAAGUGAUCGAAACCAUUCCGAAAACAGAAUAAAUAGAUUGAAUAGUAUGUCGUGCUUGAGGGAGCACACUAGGUUCCGAGACCUGGGUUUAGGGUUCAAAUGUGUUGUUUUAAACCUUGAUAAUAUUAGCUAUUACUUGGUAUGUCCUGGAAAUACUUCUCUCAUUGUCAGGGAAUGGAAACGGAAAUGUUAGUAAUCAAUGAUAGUAGAUUAGAAGAACAACUGAAAUAUAGACUGGAAACCGAUCUGAUUCCCGAGUGAACUGAUUUAAAUCAAGGAACGCCGUCUUCCUGAGGUUUGAUGGGCUGGCCUUCCUGGCUCUGACUUAUUCUGUAGAUGGCAUUAUUGAGCCAUAUAAGAUCCAUCAUUGAUCAAACUCAUCCAUUUUAGUUAGCUUACAUAGAUUUAUGCUCAAGCUACAGAAUCAAAUUUGGGCAUGAUUUUAUUUUAAUGAGAGCUAGUCAAGCCUCUUAGAUCUUUAUGUAGCCGGUUGAAACUGAUCAAACUGCAUUCGGUUUUCAUUCUCCAUUACAUGUUAAUAUUUUUUUCAUUAGGGGAUAUAAACUUUGCAAUUCUUUUCCUUUUUCCCCCUUCAUGUCUGCUCUUUUAACUUUCAAGGACCAGUUAGUGCUUGAUGAAUAAUUACUUAUCUUUCUAUUUGCAGAACCUUGUUCUUGAUUUUGGAAGGCAAUUCAGUCAUGCAGCUGUAUCAUCAUCCUUACUCAAUGGACAGUCAGAAAGUGAGGCUUGCAUUGGAAGAAUGUGGCAUCGACUACACAUCUUACCAUGUCAAUCCUAUUACAGGAAAGAACAUGGACGCCUCAUUCUUCCGAAUGAAUCCCUCAGCAACACUUCCAGUAUUCCAAAACGGUUCUCAAGUCAUUUACCGAGCCAUGGAUAUAAUCCUGUACAUAGAUAGACUGAUCGUCUCUUUAGAAUGCAAGGAUUCUUCUAUCACUACCGAAGUUAUGGACUGGAUGUUAAAGAUAGAAGAGUGGGAUCCUAAGAUUUUCACCUUAUCUCAUGUCCCUAACAAAUAUCGACUAUUUGUUUCGAAAUUUGUCCGUCGGGUUGUCAUUGCUAGGAUGUCCGAGGCUCCAGACUUAGCCAGUGUCUACCACAUGAAACUUAGAGAUGCCUAUGAGAUUGAAGACAAGUUGAAGGAUCAAGAUAUUAUAGAUCAAAGCGAGGAAAAACUGGUUAAACUUCUUGAUGAUGCCGAGAUGCAGUUGCAUGAGACCCAAUAUCUCGCUGGUCGAGAGUUCACUUUUGCUGACUCAAUGUUUGUACCAGUUUUAGUGAGGAUAACACUAUUGAACCUGGAAAAGGAGUACAUUGAUUGCAGGCCUCAGAUAAAGGAGUAUUAUCAGUUGGUGAAGCGAAGGUCCAGUUAUAAGAAAGUCAUUGGAAAGCAUUUUUCGGGAUGGAGAAAGUAUCGGAUAUUAGUGAAGACUGUGUGCUUCCUUUGUAUCAGAAGUCUGUUCAGAAUGUACUAGGAAAUUUUAAAAAAAAAGAAGAAGAAGAGGAAUACUUGUACAGUGUUAUGGCAAUGGUCAGUGUGUUCCUCCUGCACUUUUUUAAGGAAAGGAACAUCAAAGAAUAAUGAGUCAGUGUGAUCAAAUUUGUGAAGUGUGAAGUUGACUAGUAUAUGUUUUUCACCCCUGUUUUCGUUGUCUCUACAAGUAUGAGGAUGAUAUCUUCAUCUUGAUUUUUGUAAAGGUGAUAAUGGUAUUGCUUGCUUCUGUAAACUGUACUGAUUUCAUAAUAAGAAUGAAGUGAGUAUUGAAA